CUUUCAAUGAGCAGAGGUGUGUGAGUUACAAUGACAUCCAAACUUUUUCAAUCCCCCAUCCUUCACCAAGAAAUGGAUCUACCAAGUGUGUAUUUUGAUGAGGUAUUUAGUAUUCAGGAGCAUGACCAGCAGUCUGGCAGGGCCAAAUGGCGCUACUCCAUACCCGAUGACCCUGAGGCAAACCUGGGAGGCACCUCCAGAGUCCCCGACCACCUCCAGGCUGGUUUCCUCUACCGUGUCUCCGUCCACCAGGACCUGACUGAGGGAACAGACGACCAGGGCUUCCAGGGCUACCAAUGUGGCCUGUGUCGGCUGCCCCUCCCCAGCCUUGCUUCCCUCCAGGCCCACCUCUUGGUCAGCUGGACCCACAGCACAGGCUGUAACCGCCUCUACAGUGACAUGAUCAGGCUGUGUCCGUCUCCUCCUGCUCCGUUGGUGCAUGUAUCUGAGGAGCCAUCACCAUCUUCCCCCAGCCAUGUCCACAAUAACCAGCAGGACCAGGAGGCUGAUAGGGCCUGUCAUCUCUACGCCGUCCCCAAUGACCUUGAGGCGAAACUGGGAUCGCUUCGAGGCAGAUGCACUGACCACCUCCAGGCCGACUUCGUCCGCAAUGUCUCCAGCCAGGCCUCCAAUAACAGUCCAGGCUCCCACCAGGGCUACCAGGGCUCUGAGGGCAACCAGUGUGCCCUGUGUCAGCUGCCCUUCCCAAGCCUGGCCUGCCUCCAGGCCCACCUUCUAGACAGCUGGGAAGACAGAAAGAGAAGGAGAGACAACGACGUGAGCUCGAGAGGGGCCCCCAGGAGCCCCAGUCUCCACCCCAGCUUUAGCACUCUGUCUCGGGGAGACGAGAGCUACCAGGCUGGCCCCUCCUUGAUGAGACCCAUGGAUAACCUCCAGAGCUACCUCCCUCAGCCCUACUGUUCCCAGCCCAGCCACAGUACUCUGUCUUGGGGGGAGGAGAGCCAUCAGGCGGGCCCCAGCAAGAGACACAGAGAGCUGGAAGCCACCAGACAGGGAUACCCUGGACCCAACUGCACGGCACGCAGGAGAACGACAUGCAAGACAAAGUGCAAGAUGCUACAGAGGAAAGCCCUUGUGUAUCCUCAUGAAGUUGGCCCCAGCGAUAUGCCCAGGGCUAGACCUACUAUGUGA